CACAGGUAUAUAAUACUUGAGAUUUGUCAACGAAAGUAUCAUUCUCACCAACGAGAGAAGACAAUUAAGAUUGAUAGCAAGAAUGGCUUUUAAGUUCGUCGUAGUUUUAACGGUAGUGGCUCUUGUGGGAGUAAAACAAGGAUCAGCAGGUCACGCGCACAGUUUUGCCCACUUCCAUGGCCCAGUAGAGGGUCCAGGACAUGAAGUAGUUGUACACGACAAACAUGGAUACCAUCACGGCGAUUAUAUUGCUCAUCCCAAAUACGAGUUUGCGUAUGGCAUCGAAGAUCAUCACACGGGCGAUUAUCACAGCCAAAAAGAGCACCGUGAUGGCCACCAUGUAGCCGGAGAGUAUACGAUUAAAGAACCUGGUGGCAAUGUUAGAACUGUCAAGUACUACUCCAACCCUCAUGGAGGAUUUUUCGCAGAUGUUCAUAAUUCUGGGGGUAAUGAUCACUCUGGUUACCACUAUGGAGGUCAUCAUCAUGGUCAUGAUCAUCAUUAUGGUGAACACCACGGAUAUUAUUAAAUUAUUUUAAUUGU